AUAUCAAUAAUUUAUUGAUCAGUCAUUUACCCCUGUAAUCUGUUCUCUGUAAUUGAUUUUGAUAAAUGUAAACUAAAAUGUAUAACCACGCCAUAACAUAACACUCUGCAGAUGAAAAAAGUUCCAGAUUUUUCUGAUGCCCUCUACGACAGUGAUGACAGUACAGAGGGCCCUUCAGCUCAGUCCAAGUCUGAGAUGGCUUUACAAAGAAUGCAUACAUUAGAAGAUUUCUGUCAACCUGUCAGUGAUUCAGAUGAGAGUAUUGUGGAAGAAACCGAUUUUGAGGAUUCCACAAAGGAUGAUUCCACUGAGCAAUCAGACAUUGAAGUUCUUCCAAAGCUGUGGACAAAAAUCAUUCAGAUGAAAAACGUACCAGAUUAUUCUGAUGCCCUCUAUCAUUCAAGUGAUGACAGUGCAGAGGAUCCAUCUACUUGGUCUAAGUCUGAGAUGUCUUCACAAAGGCGAAGGAGAAGCUGCUUCCGUCCUAGGCUGUUGAAAUUGAAGAUUGUUCACAAGAGGAUAUCGAAGAUGCAAGUAUGGCAGAAGAUCAGGGUUCAGAAGAUGAGACCAUCACCACACCAUCACAAGAAAGCCCCCUUGCCAAAAACCAGAGGAGGAAGUUUGCUAAAAAGAGAGAUGCCAGUAUACCAGAAGCUCAGGAAUCAGAAGACGAGGACAGCACCGCAUCCCUACAAGAGAGGACCUCUACAGAAAACCAGAGGAGGUUUUCAAAAAAGAGAGGUAAACAAACUGUUGUUAAAAGAACCUGGACAACAGAAGAAUGUGCUGCAGUAGAACGUCAUUUAAAGAAAUCAAUUCUGAUGAACCAAGUCCCAGGGAAGGAGGACUGUCAGCGCUGCAUCACUGCAGAACCUCAAGCCCUGAAGAAUCGAGACUGGAGGGCAGUGAAAUACUUUGUUAAAAAUCGAAUUU